AGUACGGUUCCCUCUGCAACAAGUUAAAGGACAUACAGGCAGCAAAAAGAGAAGAGAACGAAAGUCUAAAGCGAAAAAGCAAAGAGCGAAAUUUGACAAUGGCCGCUUCCGCAAUGGUACUGGAUCCGAAACCCGUAUCCUCUUCUGACCCGCCGCCGGCAUUACCCGCUGUUGCCGCCUCUAAAUACACCGAAUCCUCCGAUGACGACGAUUUUUACGGCCGGCUCAAAUCCCUCCAGCGGCAAUUGGAGUUCAUCGACAUUCAAGAGGAAUACGUGAAGGAUGAAUUGAAAAACCUGAAGCGAGAGUUUCUUCGGGCUCAGGAGGAGGUCAAAAGGAUCCAGUCGGUGCCGCUGGUCAUUGGCCAGUUCAUGGAAAUGGUUGACCAGAACAACGGCAUCGUUGGGUCCACUACCGGGUCGAAUUAUUAUGUCCGCAUUCUAAGUACUAUUAAUCGCGAGCUCCUCAAGCCCGCCGCCUCCGUGGCUCUCCACCGCCACUCUAAUGCCCUCGUCGAUGUCUUGCCCCCUGAAGCUGACUCCAGUAUUUCGCUUCUCAGCCAAUCCGAGAAACCUGAUGUUACCUACAAUGAUAUUGGCGGAUGUGAUAUUCAGAAGCAGGAAAUUCGUGAAGCUGUUGAAUUACCACUUACGCACAAUGAACUGUACAAGCAGAUUGGUAUUGACCCUCCCCGUGGAGUGUUGCUUUAUGGUCCACCUGGUACAGGUAAAACCAUGCUUGCCAAGGCUGUGGCAAACCACACAACUGCAGCUUUCAUUAGGGUGGUGGGUUCAGAAUUUGUGCAGAAAUAUCUGGGUGAGGGUCCUAGAAUGGUCCGUGAUGUCUUUCGUCUGGCCAAAGAAAACGCUCCUGCAAUUAUCUUUAUUGAUGAAGUAGAUGCCAUUGCAACUGCUCGAUUUGAUGCCCAAACUGGAGCUGAUAGAGAGGUUCAAAGAAUACUCAUGGAACUUUUGAAUCAGAUGGAUGGAUUUGAUCAAACUGUAAAUGUGAAGGUCAUCAUGGCCACUAACCGCGCGGACACGUUAGACCCUGCACUUCUACGCCCUGGUAGACUUGAUCGUAAAAUUGAGUUCCCUUUGCCUGAUAGACGGCAGAAGAGGCUGGUUUUUCAGGUAUGCACGGCUAAGAUGAACUUGGGCGAUGAAGUUGAUUUAGAGGACUAUGUUUCUCGACCUGAUAAAAUAAGUGCUGCCGAGGUUUGUUUUCUUAACCACGUCUUUUAUAGGAGAUUGAAAUUUGACACUGUUCUUGAAUAUCGAAGCCUAGAACUGAAUUCCGAGCAGAAACAGCUGAAAUUUCUUUGGUAA